AAAUGGCGGGAAAAAGUUCAACCACAGAAAAGGCGCGAAAACCUUCCACAUACGUGGAACGUACACACUCAUUCUCCUUUAUUAGAGAAAUGCUGGAGAACGGUACGGCAUGGCUAGGUGAGAGUCGAGGAGGUCAAGGGAUAGGGCAAUCUGCUGGAUCUGAGUUAGGUCGUGCAACUGAGUCGGUUCCUCUCACUGGUAGAAUAUAUUGUUUUGUUGUUAUUCUUCUCAUAAUAAUUGUAUAUCAUAAUCGGUUGCCGGAUUAUGAAGGUCAAGGCAUAGUGCAAUCUGCUGGAUCUGAGUUAGGUCGUGCAACUGAGUCGGUUCCUCUCACUGGUAGAAUAUAUUGUUUUUUUGUUAUUCUUCUAAUAAUAAUUGUAUAUCAUAAUCGGUUGCCGGAUUAUGAAGGUCAAGGGAGAGUGCAAUCUGCUGGAUCUGAGUUAGGUCGUGCAACUGAGUCGGUUCCUCUCACUGGUGAAGGAGUGGUGCAGUUUGUUGGAGGAUAUCGUCGUCCAGCUGAGUCGUUUCUAGCGGUUCCUCGUAUUGGUCAUAAGCUCCGCCGUAGUUCUUCAUCACCGAGUCUAUCGAUUCCGAGGCAUUCAACCGUUGGUAAGCAUCAUACUGGAGAUGUGUUGAUGGGUGCAGAUAGGGGAGGGCCUUCACUUGAGAUGAUGGAUUCAGAUGAGGAACUUAAGGUUCAGAAUGCAAUUGCGGGGCGUUCAACUGAGAUUGAGGAGAUGGAUUGAGAUGAGGAAGCAUGAAGGUGAGUGAUUGUGAAUAUUACAGGUAUAGUGCUUUAUUUUUUGAAAGGUAACUACAGGUAUAGUGCUUUUAUAUCAUUCUUGAACCUGAUAUGAUUGAGAAUUAGACUGUGAUUGUGUUGAUAUGUUUUUGAUUCAAUAAAUAAACUGCUCUUCAGUUGCUGACUUUUCAGCCUUUGA